CUCCCUCUCUUUUUUCUGCCUGCUGGGUAUAAAACUCUGAGAAAACGGUGGGGGGUGAUAUUCAGCCAAGCUCUUGGACGUGUAACCCAGCAGAUGGACAGAGGACAGUCUGUGUCUCUUUGGUGCGAGGAGAUGGAGGAGGACCAGAGUGGAGAGCAGGAGACGAGCGAGGAGCAGGCCGGGGGCCACGGCUCGCAGCUCCGAGCGGCCUGGGACCCCACGGUGUCGGGGCACCGUGUGAUCCAGAGGCUGCUGCACGUGGAGCAGAGGUACCUGCCCUCCGUUCUCUACAUCACCCUGGUCCAGCGGGACCCGGGACACAGGGAGGAGCUCGCCAAGUGGGCCUUGGAGGUGUGCUGCGAGUGCGGCUGUGACGAGGCAGUCUUCCCCCUGUCUGUCUCUCUGAUGGACAGGUUCCUGUCUGCUUCUCUGUCUCUGUCUGUCUCUCUAUACUGUCUGUCUGCCGGCUGCAUCCUGAUCGCCUCCAAGCUCACGGAGUGUGACGUUGUCCCUGCUGAUACUCUCUGUGCAGCGGCUGAGUACGGCUUCCAGCCUUCAGACCUGAGGGAAAUGGAGCGUGUCAUCCUCGCCACACUCCGGUGGGACACAGCAGCAGUGACCCCCCAGGACUUCCUCCCACACUUUCUGGCCUCCAUGAAGGAGCGAGGAGACUCGGAGCCGGAGCUGCUGUCCACCCUGCGGCGGCACAGUGACACGCUGGCUGCCAUGUGCAUCUGUGACUCCCAGUUCCUGGGCACCCCACCCUCGCUUGUUGCUGCAGCAUCACUGAACUGUGCACUGAGGGGCCUGGGCCACCAGGGGCCCACUCAGCUGGCUGUCAUGAGUGGAACACUGGCAGAGCUAUGCCAGACAGAUCCGGCAGUGCUGCAGUGUUACAGUGAGAUGAUCGAGUUUGCCCUCAGACAACGACUGCGGGGUGAGCAUCAUCAGGGCCCCAAGCAGCAGGACGAAGAGGUGGAAAAUGAAAGGGCUGGAACACCAACUGACAUGAGAGAGAUUGAUUUUUGA